GCCAAAGGUGUUCGAGUUCUGGCGGUUAUACGGUAUGUGUAACGGGUACCUAUCGAUUCAAGAUGGUAGCACUCUUUCCUUUUUGUCUUGGAAUUGCUAAAUUAGAAGAAUAUAUUUAUGUAGAUGUUUUUCUUUAACACUCGAUGAAUUAUUUACCUGGUGUAUAUAAAUAGACGAAAAGUAGAAUUUAUCAAUGUGAGUAAUCCGUAAACCGGUAAAUUGGUAAAUGGUAGCCUCAAGAUCAGCCAAGGUCAAAUCGUUUUGUACAAAUGGUUCCGAUUAAUUAUCGAUUUAACUUAGUACUUUUGCCAGUUCGGUUAUAUACUUUAAAAUUUAAAUUGAUACGUGAUCAAUCUAUACUAUACAAUCAUAUAUAUUUAGGAUUGGUGUAUCGUUUAUUUAUUUAGGAGUUCGAAUGGAACUAUGUUCAUUUGUUGGUGGAACUAGCUGGAUUGUGAGGAAAGAUUUCUGGGUAUUGUACGAAGAAUUUGUGUUGGUAGACCUAUUGAAUGAGAAUGGAAAUGGAAAAGAAAGAUAGAAGUUCCGUCACCGAAGAAGAAUUUUUGAGAUUGGCCCAGCUCAUCCCACCGAGGUACUAUUCAGAUUUAGGGAUACAUUUGGGAAUCUCAUCUGCUGAACUUGAUCAUAUCAUUGUCCAACAUUCAUCGGAUUACAAGGAUGCAUUGAUGACAAUGUUCACACGGUGGAGAGAUGAACAACAUCCAGAUGGAGACAUCAGAGCUCUUCUUGCAGAAGGAUUAGAAAAGAGUGACUUAGGGGGAUUGUCCAAAGAACUUCUAGCUGGGAAUCUAAUCCAGAAAACAACAGAUGUCUCACAAGAAACUGUAUCCUCAAGAGCAUCAACUUCAACAGGAGCAGCAGACGUAUCGGCAUUAUCACAUACCAUCAGUGAGAGAGAACUUUUGAUGUUGUCAACAGAGAUCGGACCAAAUUACUACAAGAAAGUUGGCAUUAACCUGAAUAUCUCGUUUGUGACUCUUGAUAAAAUAAAGAAAGACACACAAGAUACUACUGAUGCAUUGAUGACAGUAUUCACAAGAUGGAGGGAUAAACAGCUUCCAGACACAAACAUCAGGGCUCAUCUUGCAGAGGCUUUAUAUCAUAGUGACUUAGGUUUCCUCUCUCACAAGUUGAUUACUGGAAAUCUAUUAACAAAGUCAAAAGGUACACCUGUGACAAUUCCAGUAUCAGAGACCAAACCACUUACCCCUGACCUGAUUAAGAGAUGUACAGAUGAGCUCCAAGACAAGUACAGGACUGAUUUCUGUAUGAUAAGAGCUGAUCCACUAGAUCCUGAUUCUAUUGUGCCAUUCGAAGAUAUGUACACAAGCCUUUUCUUGGAAAAAGAAAAACGAAGUAAAAGGAAUCAACUUGAGUACAAGGAUCUCUUUAAUCUCAGAGUCAAUGGAGUGUUCCCCAAACGGAUUAUGAUCCAAGGAGAGGCAGGGGCUGGAAAGACCACAUUCUUGGCUAAGAUUGCAUGGGACUGGAUAAACGAUAGUCCAGAUCUCUCAAAGUUUGUGUGGGUACUCAUUAUCCCUCUGCGUGAAGCCAAGCGAUACACGAUUGGUCAGAUAGUUAAGUCCUAUCUCUCAAAGGACAACCCAGCAACAGCCUGUCAGAUCACAGAGUACAUCCGUUCAAAUCCAGAAAAGGUAUUCAUUGCCUGUGAUGGAUUAGAUGAGUUUAGUGGCAAGGUUGUACAGCACUCUGAAACCAAGCAAGGUUCAGAAGGUGCUCAGUCAGAGUCAAAUGAUCAAACUGACAGGAAAUCAGAAUCCCAAAUGAGCAAUAAGAGAGAGCAAAGUUUUGAUCAAGGCACAAACAGAAAAAAAUCAAGAUUAGAGGAGGGCAAACAACCAUGGGUAAUGCAGCAUUUUCCUUCAGGUACAUCAAGAUCUGCUGAUCAAACCACAGUAGGAUCAGAUACAAGUCCAUCAAGUAUAUCUAUACACCAAAGAACUAAUCCCAAAUCCAGUGUAAAUUCUAUGGAGAGAGGUGAUAUCACUGUUGAAGAUAUUCUUUGCUCAGAUGAACUUCAUACUUGCCCAGUAAUGGUGACAAGCCGUCCAUGGAAGGCCAAUGAAAUAAGAUGGAAUGAUAGUUUAAGAAGACUAUACACAUUCAUCCACGUGGAAGGCUUUAGCAGGGAGAAUGCUAAGGUUUACAUUCGCAAUUACUUCAAAGACACUGAGGCUACAGCAGAUGAAUUCAUCCAAUUGUUUGAAAACAAUGAUAUCAUAUCAGAGAAUAUGGCGCCAUAUCCUAUCUACAUAUCUAUGCUCUGUCACAUGUGGAGAGAACUUGAUGACAACAAGAAAGAAGAGUUGAAGUCUUUUCAAACAUUUUCUGAAAUAUUCCGUGAAGUGUUUGAAUUCCUAAAGGUGCGUUAUGUUCAGAAAGAGAUCCCAGAUUUAAGUAGCCCAUUAUUUAAUACAUAUCGCUCUGAAAUAGAGAAACUCCUGAAACCAAUUUCCAAGGUUGCUUUUACAGGACUACAAUCAAAUAACCUUAUUUUCAAUGAAGAAGAUCUUGAACAGUACUCAGACUCUGUGGAAACAGCAUGCAAAGUAGGGGUGUUGUCACAGGAGAAUAAGCUCUCAUCCAUUCAUGAUAAGAGCAGUCGCUACCUUCAGUCAACAUUCUUCUUUCCUCAUAAACUAUUCCAGGAGUACAUGGCUGCAGUCUAUCUUGCUUCUCUCUAUGAUUCAGAUCGCAAUGAAUUUAAGAGGCUGAUUGAGGAAGUAGUGAUCCCUAGGAAGGAAGAGUUUAGGUAUCUCCUGUACUUCACUGUGUCUCAGAACAAAAACAUUGCCAAGUAUACCACAAAAUGUCUGUUACAACAGUACACCCAAAGCCAAGGACAGACAGAGAUGAAUUUCUUGGUUGAUGUAGCUUUUGAGAGUCAAGAUGAAGAUACCAAUGCCAUGCUUCGGAAUUCAGUAUCAUCUCUGUCCAUCCAUGUUGAAGACACACACACUAUAGCUGGUUAUGCAUCCACUGGGAUAUAUUCAAAGGCGAUCAUUAUGAGUGUUGGUGAUUUUGGAUCUCCUUGCUGCGGACCAGGUAUAUCAAAAGAGGUUGCAGUGAUGAUAUGCUCAGCACCGUCACUAAGGGAUGUUAAACUGAAGGCAAGAUUUCACCCUACCUUCUAUGAAACUCUUGCCAGAGAAGGAAGGAAAGCCGCAGUCCAUACUCUUGAGAUUGAGAAUAAUGAGCCUCUAUCAUCAGUCUCUUCACAUCACCUAGUAGGAGCUUUAUGCUCCCUACCUAACCUGACUAACCUGACACUGCGUGGAGAUUGUGACCAGGAGGAGUUCUGUUCUCAUCUGAAUAAGAAGGCUUCAACCUUGAAGGUCCAUACUCUUGAGAUUGAGAAUGAUGAGCCUCUAUCAUCAGCCUCUUCACAUCACCUAGUAGGAGCUGUAUGCUCCCUACCUAACCUGACUAACCUGACACUGAGAGGAGUUUGUGACCAGGAGGAGUUCUAUUCUCAUCUGAAUGAGAAGGCUUCAACCUUGAAGGUCCAUACUCUUGAGAUUGAUAAUUAUGAGCCUCUAUCAUCAGCCUCUUCACAUCACCUAGCAGACGCUUUAUGCUCUCUACCUAACCUGACUAACCUGACACUGAGAGGAGGUUGUUACCAGGAGGAGUUCUGUUCUCAUCUGAAUGAGAAGGCUUCAACCUUGAAGGUCCAUACUCUUAAGAUUUGGAAUGAUGAGCCUCUAUCAUCAGCCUCUUCACAGCACAUAGCAGAAGCGUUAUGCUCCCUACCUAACCUGACUAACCUGACACUGAGAGGAGGUUGUUACCAGGAGGAGUUCUAUUCUCAUCUGAAUGAGAAGGCUUCAACCUUGAAGGUCCAUACUCUUGAGAUUUGGAAUGAUGAGCCUCUAUCAUCAGCCUCUUCACAUCACAUAGCAGAAGCGUUAUGCUCCCUACCUAACCUGACUAACCUGACACUGAGAGGAGUUUGUGACCAGGAGGAGUUCUAUUCUCAUCUGAAUGAGAAGGCUUCAACCUUGAAGGGUUCUUUCCCCCAGAUCAGUAAAGGAAAUUUCAUAUUCAAUUUCAUGCCUCAGAAGGAUCUUCAAUCAUUCUUACAAGCAGUCAGUGAUGAGAUACGAUUAAAAUCUAAAGAAGCCCAUUACUAUCAAGAACGUCCCAAGGAAUCAGAAGUAUCUACUGAAACAAUUUCAGAGGAUUUCCCUACACAUCAGGAUGAUCCAAACCCUGCAGUUAAGAGGGAGCAGAGUGAGCAGAAUGAAACUCAAACCCAGACUACUGAGGAGGAUCAUACUGAUGAUGAAGAAUACGACCUGAUCAAUCUGGAAAAGUAUGGUAUUACUGUCAAAAUUUCAAAGCAUGAAAUUUACGGCGCAAAGGACAUCACCGUGGAAGUGAUUGAAGAGGUCCCACCUGAGCUGGAGCUGAAGGAGACAGAACCCAUCAUUUCAGUUGGAUUGAAGAUGUCGCCUUCUGAUGCGAUCUUUGACAGUCCUGUGAUAGUAACGAUGCCCCAUUGCGGUAUAUUCACAAAGCCGGAGCAGGCAGAAGUCUUCAUCUACUAUCGUCAUAAUGGUUCGACAAGGUUUAAGGCGAUUCAUUCAACAAGCACGAGUAAUCCACGAUGUAUUGUCAGAGAUUAUGAUCUAGAUAUAUUCUUGGACCACUUUUCUGAAUUUUGGAUUGGUGGUGUCAUAGGACGGUUGUUCCAUGGGAAACGUUUGUAUUGUACACCAUGUAUUCCUGUACCAGCUCUGAGGAAUGAGGAUCACAUGGUUUAUGUUCAUGUGAGAGAUGCAAGCAUCAAAGAAAGCGAGAUCCUGAAGGGAUAUGAGGCUCCAAUCUCCGAAGAAGAAUUCCAAGUGUGGUGGGGCUGGGGAGGAUUAGAGAUCACAUUCAAAGAAAGCCCAACGGAGAAACGAAAGAUUCUUGAGAAUUUUUACUAUGUGAAGAAGGAGAAAGUGAUGUUCGAGUUGGAAACACGAAGCUUCAGCAGAAAUAAAGUGUUAUUGCACUUCAUAUUGAAACAGUGGACAAGAAAAGAACUCAUCGUCCCAAUGACGCUAAGUGCCGAGGAUCCCACAUCAGCCAGUAAUAUGCCACCAGUCAACAAUCCAUCAUCAUCAUCUAGCAUCCCUCAUCCAGUUACAUUAGAAACAACUGCUGAUUCCAGAGCACCUAUGGAAGAGUCUGUAAUGGAUUUCGAUGACAUUCUGAGGGAAAUUGCUAAGCAGGUCAACAAAAGACAGGAUGUCGAUGAUCUUGGCUGUAAACUGGGAUUUCGUCCGUCAGAAAUAGAAUCCUACUUUGAGAAUAACAGGAAUGCAUCUUACAUGGGUACGCUACAGAUGCUUCGUGAUUGGAGGAAAAGAACACUUGAAGCAGAAGAACUAGAAUUGUUGAGGAAUGCUCUUAUUGACAUCAGGUUUAUUCGUCUGGCAGACGAGUUACUAGUUGAUGGCAAACAGAAGUGUCGUAAGCAGGGGCAGGAGGACAGUAAACCCCUUUAUCCAAAGAGAGCUGGACCGAGGAAAAGUUCGCCUCCUCCUUUGAAGAAAACAAAGUUCAAAUAAAUCACAAGAGAGGGGCAGAAAAAGUUAAAAGAAAGGAAACAUAAUUUGUACCAUUACAUGGUAUUAUACCGAAAAUCCGAAAUACCUUUCUUUUUUCCCACUGCGCAUUUUGAGAGAGUGGAUUUGGAUGAAUACUUUUUUGACCUAUAGCAUACCUAAGGGGGGUUCUGAUGAGUCAAAGCUGAUCCAGGGGAUGUGCCCCAACCCCCCCCC